AUGGAGAACAACUACGAGACGCUGGUGUCCCUGUACUGUGACCUAUCCAAGCCUGAACUCUUAUCUCGCCUGGAAAGAGGAGAAGAGCCGUGCGCGCCGGCCGAGCCAGACCUGGAGGGAGCAGACGUAUCUGCGGAGCCAGCCGGAGAGCCGGACCGCCUGAGCGCUGAGGGUCUGCUGGAGAUGAAGACAAAGGAGUCUUGCGAGGGGAACCGGAGGGAGCCGGAGGGAAGCAGGAGCCCGGCGGUCACGGUGAACUGCAGUGCACGUGAGUGGCAGGCAAACCCAGCUGACGCGAAGGGUCCUGGGCCCCUUCCCGGCUCUGUCAUCAUCAUCAUCAUCAUCGCUCCUUUUGCCUUCGCAGCACACGUCCCUCCUGAAGCCACCGCUGUGCCAGCGGAUCUCAGCCAGCCGACCCCGUCCCCUUCCUACCCUCUCUCCACGUGCUGUCGUGAAGUGGUGAAUCUGAAACUGUCUCCGUCGCCUCCCGCUGCCGCAGCAGAUGCCGAGGUGGGGAUCCCAACGGAGGUACCGCAGGAGGAGGUCGCUGCAGAGAAGCCGGUAGUACCCGAAACGCCCUCGAAAGGUCUGGAAGAGGAGGACAGGAAAGAUUUGGGGGACGGUGGCCAGGGUCCGGUGGCUGACGUUCCCGAAGAGCCGGUUAAGGAGGCGAUACCCGAUGUCUGCAGAGCGAUGGCGCAGGCGGAUUCCGCCUGCCUGGGAGAGCCCGUGGAGGGCUCCUGCGUGAGCCGGACUGCGGCCUGCCAGCGAAACUCCACCCGGGAGAAAUUCUACUCCUGCCCCGUCUGCAGGAAAACCUUUCUGCUCAAGAUCAACCUCGUCAUCCACCAGCGCAGCCACAGUAACUUGGUGCCUUAUAUCUGCACGCACUGCGACCGGAGCUUCAUGUCUAAGAAAAAAAUCCGACGUCACCUCCGGGCUCGGGCAGCCAAAGGGUUCUGCCAACCCUCGGAGGCGGAGGAGUGCCCCAGCCGGGCGCCGUGCCCGGCCUCCCAGCCCCAAACCCCGAGCAGGGACUGCGGCACGGUGUUGGGGAAGCCCAGCCCCACCGGGUACCCGCUGUCACCUGGGAAAAGGAUGUAUACGUGCGACGAAUGCAUGGAGAACUUCUCCAGCGAGAGCUUCCUCAUCCUGCACCAGCGCCGCCACACCAACCACCACCUCAUCCUCUGCCCCUGCUGCAACAGGAGCUUCACGUGGGCCUCUGACUUUGUCCGCCACGGCCACCAGAGGAUCCACGUGCGGCAGAAGAGGCUGUACCCCUGUGGGGACCCGCUGCCUGUGCCCGCGGUGCCCGUGUAA